AACACAACCAACAUUCACAGCUAACAAACAAUUUCAUCUAUUAAAAAAAAUUCAUUCCCUCUCGAAAAAAAAAUGGAGAGCAGAAAAGUUACCAUGUUAGUGCCAAUAAUGAUACUUAUGAUGAUGGGAAACCUUUUAGAUCAAUCAAAGGCUCAACAAAGUUCUUUAGGUCAAAGAGAAGCUGAGAAAAUCCAUUUUUUCCAGUGUUUUCCAUCUUGUCUUAAAGAGUGCAAAAGUACUCACAAGUUUCCAGCGUCUCUUAAGUGUCCAAUUAUAUGUUUUAAAGCCUGUCUUCAUCCUCCUUCACCAUCACCAUCACCAUCACCAUCACCAUCACCAUCACCAUCUCCAUCUCCAUCUCCAUCUCCAUCUCCAUCUCCAUCUCCAUCUCCAUCUCCAUCUCCAUCUCCAUCUCCAUCUCCAUCUUCGGAGAAAACUAUUGAUGAAACUAAUAUGUGAAGAAAGUCGCAGCCUGUGUUGAUUCAUGUUCGAUUAAGUGUUCCAGCAAAAACGAAAAAGCGAUAUUUCCUCCUGCAAAUUAAUAUUUAAAUUAAAAGAUAAAAAUAAAAUAGUUUGUAUUGAUUGGGUUUUCAAAUAAAUGAUUUUUUAAUA